GUGUAUUAAGCACUUAUAAAACUUUAUAAGAAUUUCAUUCAUUGGUUCCUUUUCACGUCUCCAGCCAAUAGAAAUAUACGAGAGGAACUGACAGGAGAUCGCGGCAAUAUUCAAUUUGUUCUGUGAAUUUUUCCCAUCACUAUGACAUCAUACGACGAGAUAACCAGUUUUGCAGGGGAGUUAAUUGUGUACCUGGACAAGGAUAACGAGGAAAAGAAAAUGAUUGACGACAUGAAGGAGAUGUGGACAGAUAUACAACAACAGCGACAGAAACAACACAAGCAUGUACAAACAGCAAUUGAAGAACUGAUAGGACUGAAAGAGGAAGAGCUUGAGAAGAACCCCGGGGCUGGUGCGCAGGACGCUGGGGAACAUGUGGUCCAGGAGAGGAAGUUGAAGCAGCAGAUCCUGGCAACCAAGACAACGAUGGAGGAAACGGAACACGAAUGUGCAGCCAUGAAAUCUAAGCUAGAACAGUCGCAGCUGCAGCAUCAGCAGCUGAAGGCUGAGAGAGACCGCAUCAAGGAUGAAACCAACAUCGCCCUACCUAAAGCAAGAUAUGAUGUGAACCUGUACAGUCAUAUUACAAACAUCCGUUGGCGAUAUGACUGUCAACCCAAUGAAGUCAUUGGAUAUAUGUGUGACAAAAACAGUGUACGACCGUUUUCAUUUGACAGGAACCAGGUGUCCGAUUUCUUCACAGUUAACUAUUUGUGGGACCUCAUGGAAGAAGAAUGGUGAAGAUCUUACACAGACUUAAUCAAUACUGUGCUUUGGACACUCACCUCUAAAGAGCACAUGAACAUUUUAGUUCAUUUAACAUGAAAAUGGACCAAUGUACAUUCACACAAUGUGUCACUGUACAGAAAGGCCUUUUGCUCCUCCUUGUCCACAGCUGAAGGAUGUUGUUUCAUGUUCAGUGACAACUGUAGUUCAUCUUCAGAAUGAAUCAUACAAACAAUUUCAUUGAUUUCAUAUUUAUUUAUUUCCUUAUUUAAUUUGUACAAAUUCAUUUGAGUACUAGUAUAGCAUUACAUUGGAAAGUAGUGCUAACUUAAGCAUACAAAAGUGCACAAAAUGAAAUUAUUUCUACACAAUUAACUGAAUGAAAUGAAAUAUUUACAUUUAGGAAGAACAAUGCAUACACAACUUGGGUGAAUAAGUCUAAUCCAUAUCCAGUAGCAGAUUGUAUUCCACUUAAGUGAUGAGAAUGUUAUGAAAUGCAAACCUGGCACAAAAUCACAUGGAAUUAUUAGAAGCAAUGUUAACAGCACUUAGUGAAAAUAAAACUUGCCUACAAUUGAUCACAUUUCUACAAAACAAACUGGGACUAGUACAAGUGAUAGAUGACAUUUCUUGAUCAUCAAAGGUGCAUGUAUGUACAAAUAAGACAAACAACUAUACAAUAAGGGACACAAAACCAUCUUCCAAA